AUGUCUGCUAAUCAUCUCCCAAGGCUUUCCCAGCUCAUUCACAUGGCUACCCCUGACCUGGUUGAAGUGGAGAAGGCCAUGCUGAGGGAGCAGUUUGUCACUGCUUCUACAGCUUUGGUCACUGAGGCUAGGUGCCUCCUGGAUGACAAGGAGGAACUGUGGGAGGAAAAGGUGUUGUGGAUGCACUGGUGGGAGAAGAGAACAGGUGAGGGCUUUCCCAUUGUUGAACAUGGUCAGGCACUGGGGGUUAACAUGAGGAUCAAUGCAGUGGAUGGGCCAAUCAUGGCAGAGGCUGAUGAGGCCUACAAGAGGUGGGCUACAGAGGAGGUUGCCAUGGCAGUGCAUGGAGGGGUUGACAAGGAUGUGCAAAUGGGAGAGGAGGCCAUGCAGGAGGUUGGAAAGCAGGGAGUGAGCACAGAGGUGCCAGCUGCAACAGUGAAGAUGUCACAUGUGGAGGUGUCCCAACCUGUACAAAAGGUAAAGGCUAACACUUGGGCCCUUAGUGGUCUUGGCAGAUGGUCAUGGAGCAUGGAGAGCAAGGAUGAGGCUGAGAUACCCAAGGGCAGACAUGCCACAGAUGCACAUGCAUCAAGCAGGGCUGUGAGAAAUCCACAAGGGCUGGAAGGAAGGCACAGGUGGGUGCUUUGGUUGGUCUGGGGCCAACAGCUUGUAGUGCGGACCUUGAGGGCUCCCAAGGCUGGCUCAUCCAAGAAGGUGGCCAAUGAUGAUGACAAUGUCAAUGUUGAAGUGGUUGAAAGCCACUCACACAUAAAGGGAAAGGCCCCAGUGCAUGGUGGGCUCAACACCAAGGUCACAGCAGACCUGUUGCAGGCUGAGGCUGCAGAGUCACAGGACAUAUACCUGUGCCUUCAAGUUCAUAUUGACCAGCUUGCAGAGGUGCUGGAGAAAAUAGGGGUUGAAUAA